AUGCUCGUCUCUGCAUGGAAUAGAUGCUGUGUUGUGAUGUUUCUCGUCGCUGCGCUGAGGACCGGGACGUCCCAGGUAUCAGAGACGCGCCCGAAGGCGAACUCCAUCAAGCCGGGUUCGGUGGACGAGGCACCCACGACCGCUACGAACCGGUCCUCCACUGUGCACAUCGGGAUCACGAAGAAACAUCACAUCCUCACGCAGCAGGUGUAUCCGUGCAGCAGUGACCAGGAGUGCACAGUGGGCAGCUACUGUCACAGCCCUCAACAGGCUCCCUCCCGCUGCCUCAACUGCCGCAGAAGGAAGAAGCGCUGCCAUCGGGACGCCAUGUGCUGUCGGGGGAACCGCUGCAGCAACUAUAUUUGUGUCCCUAUCUCAGAGAGUGUGCUCUCACCUCACAUCUCAGCGUUGGACGAGAAUUACAAACACUCCACUAAAGACCACAACUGGAAGAAGAGCAGCAAAGCACAAGCCAAGCAUUCUCUCAAAGGGCACGAGGGCGACUCCUGCCUGCGCUCAUCCGACUGCUCGGAGGGCUACUGCUGCGCCCGCCAUUUCUGGACCAAAAUCUGCAAGCCGGUGCUGAUGCAGGGAGAGGUGUGCACUAAGCAGAGGAAGAAAGGCGCUCACGGCUUGGAGAUCUUCCAGCGCUGUGACUGCGCCAAGGGCCUCUCCUGCAAGGUGUGGAAAGACGCCACCCCCUCGUCCAAGUCCAGGCUCCACAUGUGCCAGAAGAUCUGA